AGCCUGUGCAUACGCAUGGUCUCCAGCCCAUGGUUCGAGCGAGUGAGUAUGAUGGUGAUCCUGUUGAACUGUGUUACCCUGGGCAUGUACCAACCCUGUGAAAACAUCGACUGCUCCUCAGACCGCUGUCAAAUACUGCAGGCCUUUGAUGCAUUCAUCUACGUCUUCUUCGCCCUGGAGAUGGUGGUGAAGAUGGUCGCUCUGGGAAUCUUCGGCCAGCGCUGUUACCUUGGCGACACGUGGAACCGUCUGGAUUUCUUCAUCGUCAUGGCGGGGAUGGUGGAAUAUUCUCUGGAUUUACAGAACAUCAAUUUGUCCGCCAUCAGGACAGUGAGGGUACUGCGGCCUCUCAAGGCCAUCAACAGAGUGCCAAGCAUGCGUAUCCUCGUCAACCUGCUACUGGACACCCUGCCCAUGCUGGGUAAUGUUCUGCUACUCUGCUUCUUCGUCUUCUUCAUCUUUGGCAUCAUCGGGGUGCAGCUGUGGGCGGGGCUGCUGAGGAACCGCUGUUACCUGGAGGAGAACUUCACCCUCACCACGGGCAUCAGCCUGCCGCGGCCGUACUACAUGGCUGACGAGGAUGAUGAGCGGCCCUUCAUCUGCUCCCUGCCCAUCGACAACGGCAUCAUGUCCUGCUCCGAUGUGCCCGCUCGUCGUGAGGGAGGCCGGACGUGUUGCCUGGACAAAGAGGACGCCAUGUACCGCCAGACGCUGGGCCUGAGCCCCGAGCCGCUCGUCAACGACAGCGUGGGCUCAACGGGGCUUUGUGUCAACUGGAACCAGUACUACACCAGAUGUCACACGGGGUACAGGAACCCCCACAAAGGAGCGAUCAACUUCGACAACAUCGCCUACGCUUGGAUCGUUAUCUUCCAGGUGAUCACUCUGGAGGGCUGGGUGGAGAUCAUGUACUACGUGAUGGACGCUCAUUCCUUCUACAACUUCAUUUACUUUAUUCUGCUCAUCAUUGUGGGUUCUUUCUUCAUGAUCAACCUGUGCCUCGUGGUCAUCGCCACCCAGUUCUCAGAGACCAAGCAGAGGGAGCACCAGCUGAUGCAGGAGCAGAGGGCGCAGUGCCUGUCCUCCUCCACCUUAGCCAGUGAACCAGGAGACUGCUACGAGGAGCUCUUCCAGCUGGUCUGUCAUGUCCUCCGAAAGCUCAAGAGACAUACCGUCACCCUGUUCUACACUCUGCGGGGCAAGCCACGGGGCUUUAGAGGAGUCGGGAGAGGGGUUGGUACGAGGGAAAAAGGAAUGGAGGGAAAGGCCAAUGGAGGGAGAGAGCAUGAAAGGAGAGCAGUGCUGAAACACGUCACUCAUUGCCCUCACCAAGGUAAACCUGACAGUGUUCCUCCCACUGGCCCCAUGGCUCUCACUGUCACCUCCGCCACCGACAACUGCCCUCACUGCACCAUGGCCCCGUCACUUGACGAUGGGGCAGGACCAACCUGUGGCCUGACCAGUGACGAGGCCGAAGAUGGAGCCGCGGAUGAAACAGAUGGGGAGGGCACCCAGUCGAGUGGCAAAGGGAGGGUACAGAAAGACAGGGAGGGCUCGGGGAGCUCUGCCGGAUGUAAUCCAAAACAACGCUGUCAGGACCUCUGGCACGAGGUCAGGAUGAAGCUGUGGGGCAUCGUGGAGAGCAAGUACUUCAACCGAGGCAUCAUGAUCGCCAUUCUCAUCAACACCAUCAGCAUGGGUAUCGAGCACCAUGAACAGCCAGAGGAGCUGACUAAUGUCCUGGAGAUCUGCAACAUCGUCUUCACUAGCAUGUUCUCGUUGGAAAUGAUCCUCAAACUCACAGCGUUCGGCUCUUUCAACUACUUGAGGAACCCCUACAAUGUGUUUGAUGGAAUCAUCGUUAUCAUAAGUGUGUGUGAGAUCAUCGGCCAGUCGGACGGCGGUCUUUCCGUGCUGAGGACCUUCAGACUAUUGCGGGUACUGAAACUGGUGCGGUUCAUGCCGGCUCUGCGGAGACAGCUGGUGGUCCUCAUGAAGACCAUGGACAAUGUGGCUACCUUCUGCAUGCUCCUCAUGCUCUUCAUCUUCAUCUUCAGUAUUCUGGGGAUGCACAUCUUUGGCUGCAAGUUCAGUCUGAGGACAGAGGCUGGAGACACUGUGCCAGACAGGAAGAAUUUUGACUCUCUGCUCUGGGCCAUUGUCACUGUCUUUCAGAUCCUAACCCAGGAGGACUGGAACGUGGUUCUGUAUAAUGGCAUGGCUGCUACUUCGCCACUAGCUGCCCUCUACUUUGUGGCUCUCAUGACCUUUGGCAACUAUGUCCUCUUUAACCUGCUGGUUGCCAUCUUGGUUGAGGGCUUUCAGGCAGAGGGAGAUGCCAAUCGCUCCUAUUCAGACGACGACCGCUCCUCUUCCAACUUUGAUGAAAGUGAGAAGCACGACUCCCUGAAGCUGUCCGAUCCAAAGAUCUGCACCCUGACCCCUAACGGUCACUUGGAGCUGGGCGCCAUGUCCUACCCUUCAGAGAGGCGAGGCUUUGCCCUGGAAUCCAGGAAGACCAGCGUGAUGAGCCUGGGCAAGACCAGUCUGGAGAGGCGCUCGUUCUCACUGCGUCACGGUCGCAGUUCCGCUUACCACAAUUGGGGACGACCUCUUCCUCCACAGUCUGCAUGGAGUCGCAGGUCUAGCUGGAACAGCCUGGGCCGGAGGAGUUAUGGAUUAGGUGGGCCUCCUCUGGUGGGGGGAAGCCUCCGUGUGCGCAGCACCUGCUCCCCCUACUCCUACGCCUACCCAGCUGAACAAGAGUCCCUCCUCUCUCAUACUCCCAACUAUCCUCUGCCGCCACACCAUCCUCCAGCACCUCCUCUGCUCUUCUCCAGACGCUAUGCUGCUAGGGGGGGCCGUCGAGCGCUGUCCUUAGAGCUCCCAGAACUACUAAGGGUCCCAGGUCAGCCCCCGGCUCACCCGGACCCAGGGAGGAGGAGUGGGUCCGGGACAGGGGCAUCUAUCACUGAGGGGUCUGGAGGAGGCAGCGGUGGGGGGUUUGACCACCAUGAUUGUAACGGCAAGACCCCAGUCCUCCAUCCACGGCUACUGGCUGAAGUUUUCCCCCAGGUUAAUGCCCGCAAGGAUCAAGCUAAACUGGAUGAGGAGACAGACUAUAGUUUGUGUUUCCGUAUCCAGAAGAUGAUGGAGGUAUACAAGCCUGACUGGUGUGAAACCAGAGAGGACUGGUCUAUUUACCUAUUCUCCCCACAGAACAAGUUCAGACUGCUCUGUCGGUCCAUUAUAGCUCAUAAACUCUUCGACUAUGUCGUUCUGGUCUUCAUCUUUCUCAACUGCAUCACAGUGGCCCUGGAGAGGCCAAAGAUUUUGCAAGGCAGCCUGGAAAGGCUGUUCCUUACCAUCUCCAACUACAUAUUCACGGCCAUUUUUGUUGCUGAGAUGACUUUAAAGGUGGUGUCUAUGGGUCUUUAUUUAGGGGAAAAGGCUUACCUGCGGAGCAGCUGGAACAUUCUCGAUGGCUUUCUGGUCUUUGUGUCAUUGAUUGACAUUGUGGUGUCCAUGGCUGGUGGGGCAAAGAUCUUGGGGGUGCUCAGAGUGCUCAGGCUGCUCAGAACACUGCGCCCCCUCAGGGUGAUCAGCAGGGCUCCGGGUCUGAAACUUGUGGUGGAGACGCUCAUCACCUCCCUCAAACCCAUUGGCAAUAUUGUCCUCAUCUGCUGUGCUUUCUUUAUCAUCUUCGGUAUCCUGGGAGUUCAGCUCUUCAAAGGGAAGUUCUACUACUGCCUGGGUCUGGAUGUGAAGAACAUAACAAACAAAUCAGACUGCUUGGCCGCCAACUAUCGAUGGGUUCACCACAAAUACAACUUUGACAAUCUGGGACAGGCUUUAAUGUCCCUGUUUGUUCUGGCCUCCAAAGACGGCUGGGUCAACAUCAUGUACCACGGCCUGGAUGCUGUGGGAAUAGACCAGCAGCCCCUAAUCAACAACAACCCAUGGAUGCUGCUGUACUUCAUCUCCUUCCUCCUCAUCGUUAGUUUCUUCGUCCUCAACAUGUUUGUGGGCGUGGUGGUGGAGAACUUCCACAAGUGCCGGCAGCACCAGGAGGUGGAGGAGGCCAAGCGACGCGAGGAGAAACGGCAACGCCGCAUGGAGAAAAAGAGGAGGAAGGCCCAGAAGCUGCCGUAUUAUGCAUCGUAUGGCCGGGCACGGCUGGCCAUUCACACGCUGUGUACCAGCCACUACCUCGACCUGGUCAUCACUUUCAUCAUCUGCAUCAAUGUCAUCACCAUGUCGCUGGAGCACUACAGCCAGCCACAGUCAUUGGAGACCACUUUGAAGUACUGCAACUACUUCUUCACCUCCACUUUUGUGAUCGAGGCCUCGCUGAAGCUGGUGGCGUUUGGCUUCAGACGCUUCUUCAAGGACAGGUGGAACCAGUUGGACUUGGCCAUUGUACUGCUUUCAGUGAUGGGCAUCACCCUGGAGGAAAUUGAGAUUAAUGCCUCCCUUCCUAUCAACCCAACCAUUAUCAGGAUCAUGAGAGUGCUAAGAAUAGCACGAGUGCUAAAGCUGUUGAAGAUGGCAACAGGGAUGAGAGCUCUGCUUGACACAGUGGUCCAGGCUCUGCCUCAGGUGGGGAACCUGGGCCUGCUGUUCAUGUUGCUGUUCUUCAUCUAUGCUGCUUUGGGUGUCGAACUUUUUGGAGAACUAGUGUGUAACAUCAAUUAUCCUUGUGAGGGCAUGAGCCGCCAUGCCACCUUUGAGAACUUUGGCAUGGCCUUCCUCACCCUCUUCCAGGUCUCCACAGGCGACAACUGGAAUGGCAUCAUGAAGGACACACUAAGGGAGUGCCCCCCAGGUCAUUCAGGAGGCGACUACGGCUGCCACGCGGGGCUGCAGUUCAUCUCCCCCCUGUACUUUGUGUCCUUCGUGCUCACGGCCCAAUUUGUCCUGAUCAACGUGGUGGUGGCCGUGCUCAUGAAGCACCUGGACGACUCCAACAAGGAGGCACAGGAGGACGCCGAGAUGGACGCUGAGAUCGAGCUGGAGCUGGCCCAGGGAGGACUCUGCUGCAUGAUGGGUGGCAUUGGCGCCAUCGCGGGGGCCACUGCCGGCAGCGGAAGUGGAGCUGCACCCGCUGCCAGCGGAGGGACAGGAGGAAUCGUGACUGGAGGUCAGAGUGGGGUGACACAUCCUGUACAGGUCAAAGGGGAAGAAGGAGUCGUUGUUGGAGGAGGACACGAGGGCCACAAGCGCCAUCGGCGAAGGCUGUACUCUCCUGCUCAGGAGAGCCAGUGGUUGGACAGUGUGUCUUUGAUGAUAAAGGAUUCAAUGGAGGGUGAGAUGAUUGACAACCUGUCUGGUUCAGUAUUCCACCACUACUGCUCUCCUCCCAUCUGCAGGGACUGUAAGAGCCACCCACAAGAGAUACGACUGGCGGAGGUGGAGCAGGCGUCCCUGUUGUCGGAGCAGCUGUCAGACAAGUCUUCCCUGGCGCUGCCUGAUGACCUCAGCUUGGAUGACCAUGGUACCUACCAGCUUCUGGUCAGAGGGAGCCAGGGGGGCAGCAGUGUCUCCCACAGCUCCGAGGAACUGCAGGAAGGGACCUCCCGGGGCAUUUAUAGAAGGCUUUGUCCCUCCAGUUCAGACAGCGAAGAGGGCGUCCAACCCAACCUUAACCCUCCCGAGCCGGUGUUGGUUUCAGGGGCUGAUGGAGAGGUCAUCAGUGACGGUGGUGGGGGGUCGACACCCGCUGACUUCCACCUACCAGCAGACUUCUUCCACCCGGCCACAGCACUCCCACCAGGCAGCCCUGAGGCUGGCGCUCCACCAGAAGGGAGGAGGUCAUCCAGGCUGAACUCCACGGCCUCCUGGGCAUCUCUCCGCUCACCUGGAGCCAACAGCAGGACCAUCGGCUCUCAGCACCCCUCCCACAGUGACUCCUCCCUGGCUACUGGCAGUUCAGCGGGCAGCCUGCACGCAACUCUGGAAGAGGCGCUCAACUACAGCGUCUCCCCAUCGGGUGACCUCGGCCUACCCAUGCCUCUUCUCUGCCCUCUUCCCAGCCGCUCCCUAAACCCCCAAGGACCAACCGCGGGAGCCCAGGGCCACCCUCUGCUAAAGCACUGCAACACCACGUUUAACCUCCAAGCCACAAGGGGGCACCAGAGGAGCCAGAGCAGCUGUGGCGGCAGUACCAGCCCCGGCUGCCCCCGGCAGGACUCCAUAGAUCCGUCAGAUGAAGAUGUGGGCAUGGGGACAGGAGGAGAGGGCAGCAGCCAGGUGUACAACAGCGAACAUUUGUCCGAAACACUAAGCAGCCUGUCGCUAACAUCGCUGCUCUCCCCAGGCUCUCUGGCGGCACCCCUGGUGAAGAAGUGGAAUAGCACGGGCUCACUGGACCAGACCAAUUUAUCUGCCAGAAGUAAAGAUGGCCGGCAGAUGUACAGUAUAGACGCUCAAGGUUACUUGGCCAGCCCCUGGGUUGGGGUGAGAGGAAGAGGAGAGGAGGAGCACAGUGACAUUAAAGGUUACCGUGUGCAAAGCAGCAGCCAGGCCAGAGACACCAGCUGCAGGAAAAAUAGAUGA